AACCAGCCUCCAGUCCUCCACCAACUGAAACCGAAAGAGAGAGAAAAAAAAAAAAAGGAAUCAACGUCCCCCCCUUACUCCUUCACUCACUCACUACCCACCAAAAACUUGAGCACACUCAUUUCAAUUUUCAGAAUCCAAUACUGAAAAGCCCCACACUUUACCUCAAUCUUCAUCUCCAACCAAACAAAGCUUCAUACUUUCCCUCAUUUUCCACUCACUGUAGUCUUCAACCAAGCUUUGUUUGCAAAGUUGGUUUGUGUAGAAGUAUGAAUUUGUUUCUGUUUGUUUUGAUUGCAUAGCUCCUGGUGUUGGUGGCAAUCACCUAAUUCGUCGAAUUUUCUGAGUUUGUGUUAUCUAUUUGAGAAGUUUUUAAGAUAUUGAAAGAAAAAUGGCGGGUUGUUCUUCAAGCUUUGGAGUAUCGAAUGUUGUUACCAGGUCGAACGAGGUGGUUUUGAGGAAGAUGUGGAGUCAGAGUUUAGUUUUCGAUAGCGUUAGGUUUAGGGGUAUUGCAAUGGAGGUAGCUUUGCCAAUGUUUUGUGGGAAUAGUAGCUUUGGAAAUGGGCUGAAUUCGUUUUCGGUGAAGAAAGAGUGGAACUUUGUGGUCAUGAGUGUGUUACAGCCUCGGCGUGAAAGGCAAUUCAGCUUAGGUGCAGUAACGGUUUCAAAUGAGGGAGGUGGUGCUGCUGUAGGAAAGGAUACUAGGAUUUUGGAGAAUGAAGGUGGUUCAAAAAUUGAUAAUGAUGGUAAUGACGGGGUUGUGCUUGAUGGUAGUGGUGGUAAUGGGAAGUAUCCUAAUGGAAAAGGAGGCGGAGGAGGAGGUGGUGGUGGUGGUGGUGGUAAUGAUGAUGGGGAAGACGGAGAAGAAGAAGAGUUUGGGCCAAUUCUGAAAUUUGAAGAAGUUAUGAAAGAGACAGAGGCACGAGGAGCUAGUCUUCCCCUUGAUAUGUUAGAGGCUGCCAAGAAUGUGGGAAUUCGCAAAGUUCUUCUACAUAGAUAUCUGGAUUUGCAGGGGUCAGCCUGGCCUCUUGGCUUUGCAAUGAAGUCAUGCUCUAUGCUUCGAGAUCGUAUGCUAGCUGACCCAUCCUUUCUUUUCAAAAUUGGAACAGAGAUUGUUAUUGAUUCUUGUUGCGCUACAUUUGCUGAAGUUCAAAAGAGGGGAAAAGAUUUUUGGGCCGAAUUUGAGUUGUAUGUUGCAGAUCUUUUGGUUGGGGUAGUGGUUAAUGUUGCUUUGGUUGGGAUGUUGGCACCCUAUGCUCGUAUUGGGCAACCAUCACUAUCAAAAGGGUUCCUUGGACAUAUGCAACAUGCUUACGGAGCUCUUCCUAGCAGCGUGUUUGAAGCUGAAAGGUCAGGAUGUAGAUAUUCUGUAAAACAGAGAAUUGCCACGUACUUUUUUAAGGGGAUCUUAUAUGGAGCAGUAGGCUUUGGAUGUGGUAUUAUUGGCCAAGGAAUUGCAAACUUAAUCAUGACUGCUAAGCGGAGCAUAAAGAAAUCAGAAGAAGACAUACCUGUGCCACCUCUAAUUAAGAGUGCAGCUCUUUGGGGUGUUUUCCUUGCCGUGUCUUCAAACACCCGCUAUCAGAUAAUCAAUGGACUUGAACGCUUGGUAGAGACAUCGCCUUUGGCAAAGCAGAUCCCGCCUGUGGCAUUGGCUUUCACUGUUGGUGUACGAUUCGCCAACAAUGUGUAUGGCGGAAUGCAGUUCGUAGACUGGGCUAGAUGGAGUGGGGUGCAAUAACUAGAUCAGUUUUAAUGGGAGAGGAUAUCUUUUAUUUGAUGUCUAGAUGGUGAAAGCAUACAAUCCUCAAUUAGGAAUUCAGUCCCACUCUUAAAAAACGCGUUCCCCCUUGGAAUAAGAUUUGUUUCAAUGCUUUUAUGUAUUCUGGAAAAUGUUCAGCAGAAAACGCCUGACAUUAUUUUCCUAUUAGAAUGGCUGCAUUUAUAGAUUAUGCAGAGAACGAAACUUUAGUUCCAUGGAUUUGUCCCGUGCA